AGAAAAAAGAAAAAAUCUCCCAUUUAUUGUACUCAACUCUUUUUGGUUGAGGGUUUAUUUGGUGAUUCAUUUUUUAGGUUUUUUCUUGGGUUUUGGUUGUUGGGUUAUUUUGAGAAAGAAAAAAAAAUUAUCAUCAAUGGGGAGAGGUAGGGUUCAGUUGAAGAGGAUAGAUAACAAGAUCAACCGCCAGGUGACAUUUUCCAAAAGGAGAGCUGGGUUGUUGAAGAAGGCUCAUGAGAUCUCAGUCUUGUGUGAUGCUGAAGUCGCUUUGAUCGUCUUCUCUCAGAAAGGGAAGCUCUUUGAAUACUCUACUGAUUCUUGCAUGGAGAAGAUUCUUGAACGCUAUGAGAGGUAUUCUUAUGCGGAGAGGCAAAUCAUAUCCACUGAUCUUAAUUCACAGGAGAAUUGGACCCUUGAAUAUAACAGACUCAAGGCAAAGGUUGAGCUUUUACAGAGAAACCAUAGGCACUACAUGGGAGAAGAUAUAGAAUCGUUGAGUCUGAAAGAGCUGCAAAACUUGGAGCAACAGCUUGACACAGCUCUUAAGCACAUUCGGGCGAGAAAAAACCAACUGAUGUAUGAGUCCAUCUCUGAGCUUCAGAAAAAGGAGAAGGCAAUUCAAGAGCAAAAUAGCAUGCUAACAAAACAGAUCAAGGAAAAAGAGAAGGCAGUGGCACAGCAGGCACUCUGGGAGCAACACAACCAUGGAACUAAUAUGUCACCCUUCCUUCUGCCACAGCCACCACUCCCAUGUCUAAACAUUGGAGUCAAUUACCAGGAAGAAGCACCAGAAGUGAGGAGGAAUGAACUCGAUCUCACUCUGGAGCCACUGUAUUCGUGCCACCUUGGAUGCUUUACCUCAUGAAAAUGGUGAAAAAAAAAGGAAAAUGCACCUGUGGAAGUGCUUGCUGGCUAUUUACGAAGUUUUUAGUUUGUUAAUAUGGACAUGGAAACAUCGGUUAAGGUAACCAAAAAGAAAAAAAAGAUCAAUGAAGCCACUGAUUUAGCCUUGAUCGUGCUUGCUUUCUUUAUCUAUCUAAA